UCGUCGACGGUGACAGAAGAAUUGUAUAUCAGGGAUUGAGUUUAGAUUUCUAAAUUCAUUCGUACAUUAAUGUUUUCGUUUACAUGUUAAUAGAUGUAUUCCUGGAUUUAAUUUUUGAUCAACUUGUCAAGCAUUCCAAAGGUUUUUUUUCUUGCUGUAGAAAUGUUUGGUCUUUUGUUCUUCGUACUGAUGGCGCACACCGCUUAUGGAGACGUGAGCUAUUCUUUUCCGGAGGAGAUGAAACGUGGAUCUGUGAUUGGAAAUAUCGCAAAAGAUGUUGGGCUCGAUGUGAACAGACUUUCAUCUGGUAAUGCGCGCAUUGACACGGAAGGAAACAGAAAACGAUACUGUGACAUUAAUUUGAGUACUGGAGAACUGAUCGUAGCAGAGAGAAUCGACAGAGAGGGGCUUUGUGGAAAUAAAGCUUCAUGUGUUAUAAAACAGGAGCUCGUUCUGGAAAAUCCUUUAGAGCUGCAUCGCUUUAUUCUCAAUAUUGAGGACAUAAAUGAUAAUUCACCUUCAUUCAAACAAACUUUAAUAAAUUUCGAAAUAAGGGAAUCAGCAGACAAAGGUUCUCGUUAUUUAUUAGAUGAGGCCCAUGAUGCGGAUAUUGGUAUGAAUUCAGUGCAGUCAUAUAAACUUGACAGCAAUGCACAUUUCCUUUUAAACGUAGUUACUCGGGAAAAUGGAAGAAAAUAUGGAGAGCUUGUAUUGGAUAAAGAGUUGGAUCGUGAGAAGCAGAAAGAGGUGGCAUUAAUUCUCACUGCGGUAGACGGAGGGACUCCACCGAGAUCAGGUACUGUAGCCAUACACAUCACUGUGCUGGAUGCUAAUGAUAAUGCUCCAGUCUUUAGUCAAGCCAUUUAUAAAGUCAGUCUGCCUGAAAAUUCUCCUGUAGAUACUGUAGUGGUGACAGUAAGUGCAUCAGAUAUUGACGAAGGACAUAAUGGAGAGGUGACGUAUGAAUUUGGACAUUUAUCUGAAACCCACCAGAAAACAUUUUCGCUGGAUGCAUUGUCUGGUGAGAUUAAACUAACGGGGCUUCUUGAUUAUGAAGAAGAAAGCUCAGUUGAAUUGCCAGUUCAAGCAAAAGAUGGCCAAGGGUUAGCCCGUUAUUCUACUGUGGUAAUUGAAGUUGUUGAUCUCAACGAUAAUGCCCCUAUAAUUAUGGUUAAAUCUCUUAAAAUCCCGAUUCCCGAGAAUGCGUUACCCGGUACAGAGGUUGGCAUCAUUAAUGUGCAGGACAGAGACUCUGACAAUAACGGACAGUUGCGCUGCUCCAUUCAGCAAAACUUCCCGUUUAAACUCGUACCUUCAAUCAAAAAUUACUAUUCUCUGGUGACCACAGGUGAAUUAGACCGCGAGCUGCUCUCUGAUUACAAUAUUACAAUUACUGCUACUGAUGAGGGCUCUCCGCCUUUAUCUUCCACUAAGAACAUUCACUUGACUGUAGCUGACGUGAAUGAUAAUCCACCUGUAUUUCAGGAGCAGAACUACAGAGCUCAUGUGCAAGAAAAUAACAAACCGGGCUCCUCUAUUUGUUCAGUAUCAGCUACAGACCCGGACUGGAGACAGAAUGCACUACAAAGGUUUCGCGUUGCUGGUGAGAUGUUUGGCUUUUUGUUCUUCGUACUGAUGGCGCACACCGCUUAUGGAGACGUGAGCUAUUCUUUUACGGAGGAGAUGAAACGUGGAUCUGUAAUUGGAAAUAUAGCAAAGGAUCUCGGACUCGAUGUGAACAGACUGUCAUCUCGUAAGGCUCGCAUUGACACUGAAGAUACUGUAGUGGUGACAGUGAGCGCUACUGAUGCUGAUGAGGGACAAAAUGGAGAAGUGGCCAGUAACGUGACCGUGAGUGUCUUCAUAACGGAUGAGAAUGACAACUCCCCUCAGAUAUUAUACCCCUCUCCGGAAGGAAACUCCUUCAUGACCGAGAUGGUACCCAAAGCUUCUCAGGCGCGCUCCCUGGUCUCCAAGGUGAUCGCAGUGGACGCGGAUUCAGGCCAGAACGCGUGGCUCUCGUAUCACAUUAUUAAAGCAACCGAUCCGGGACUUUUCAUUAUCGGUGUCCACAGCGGAGAGAUCAGGACGCAGAGGGACAUUUCUGAAUCUGACAGCAUGAAACAGAACCUCAUUGUGUCCGUGAGAGAUAACGGACAGCCCUCUCUCUCAGCCACGUGCGCAUUGUAUUUACUUAUAUCAGAUAACUUGGCUGAGGUUCCAGAACUGAAAGACAUGUCUCGUGACGAGAGCAGCUCCAAACUAACGUUUUAUUUGAUCAUCGCGCUGGUGUCCGUUUCCACUUUCUUCCUGACAUUCAUCAUCAUCAUCCUGGCCGUGAGGUUUUGUCGCAGGAGAAAGCCCAGACUGUUGUUUGAUGGAGCUGUAGCCAUUCCCAGCACGUAUCUCCCUCCAAAUUACGCAGAGGUGGAGGGCGCGGGAACUCUCCGCAGCGCUUACAAUUAUGACGCAUACCUGACUACGGGCUCGCGCACAAGCGACUUCAAGUUCAUCAGAUCUUAUAAUGAGGGCACGCUGACUGCUGACCUAACUCUGAAAAAGACUCAAUCCGCUGUGGAUGAUCUUGAAGGGAUUGAUGCGGAAAUGAGCAAUUCGUUUCAGAGAAUGUUUGGUUAUGCCAGGCCUUUUGAUAUUGUGAAGCAACUUAAUUUGCAACAGAAGUGGACAUUUUCUGCUCACGUUUGA